CCUUCCCCUGCCCGGGCCGUCGCAGCCCACGCCGCCGCCACCACCACCACACACGCUGAGGACCGACCACGCCUCCCUCACCCUCACCACCUCCAUCCUCCCUAUACCUCCUGCAGCACCACUAAUACUUACACCCUUGAUCUGUAUACACACUUACCCCUUCUACACCCUCAUUAGCCACACCCUCACCUCUGCACUCCUCCUGACAGCUUCACUACCUGUACUAUCCCUAGCUACACCCUCACUGCCUCACAUCCUGCACUCUUGAUACGCCCGCCGCCCCUGAGCCGUGGGUGUGAGGGAGCAGCUCUCAGGGCCACACGUGGAUACCAGCGUCUUGGUGCUCCGGUGCGAUUCCUUUAUUUUUGUAUAUAUAACACGAAGGCACUGCUUCUCAGAAGGUGCGCCCCGUCACACAGCUGUCGACCCUAGCCGCGCCAGAUGUAAGUGACUGUCAUACAACAACAAAUGAACGCGUUAACGCAGUGAAGGUGUUGGUGAUUUACCUGAACUAAGUAAAGGAAAUUAAAUUCAGUGAUAUUACCGCCUGAAGUGAAAUUGGUGUCGCAGAUCUUAUUUAAAGUAUGAAGUAUCCAUCAGUGAGUGCUGGACGGAACAAAACAUUAUUGCGUGCGGCAGUGAAAAAGUCUUACAGCUAAAAAUCGACCAUUUCUGAGUUCUAGCACGUGGAAGAGUAAAGAACUGAACACGUGGCUAGUUACCCCGUGACAAGCUUUGAGUGGCGGACGCAACACACGGGAGAGCCAGCCAGGUGUACGAGACACACGGGGCGAGUGUUGCCGCACUAGGAGGGUGUCACGCCCCUCCACAACAAUCCUGUCUCUCCGGUGUACGAGUGCUGGGGUUGUCUCAGCUGUCUCCCUGACAGCACAGUUUUUACGUGUACCUGUUUCUGCACUACCACCCCAUCAACUACCACCUCCACUACACUAUCAACUACCACAACAUCAACAAUCACAACCACCACAACUUCAACAACCUCAAUCACCACCACCAAGGACGACGUGGGUGUGCAAGUAGCGGCUCCUCACCACACGGGCACCUCACUCCGGUACCUGCUGCCUCUUGGCUCUCUACUUCCGGAGUGCUACCGCUUCCACACCUGCUGCUUAUGUUGGCCCUCUACACCUGAAGUGACCCCACCUCCACACCUGCUGCCUCUACCCCGAAGUGACUCAUUACGUGCUCGUUUAAUAUAUUUUUGGGAAUAAAAAAAAAGUGAUGUGUCAAGAAUUUAUAUGCACAGCAAACCAAGCUUUGAACUCAUACUUGGGAAGGUGAAAUUACCCGAGAAAAGAUCUUAUCUGAGCAGUCAUCCCAUACAACCUGCCAACCAGUGUUAGUGUCAACCAUUCACACCUCGAACCAUUUUCCGGCAUUCCCAAAGCUGAAAAGCAGAAGUGUUGUCAUUAAGGCCUAAAAUCGUCUCCCAGACCCCCUUCCCCAUCAUCCUCAAUGACCCAGGAGUCUCAGCUCACACUGUAAUAAUAGUGGUAUUGUGCUGUUGAUUAACAUUAUCUGUAACACAUAUUUACUAUUUGUAUAUAAACUACCAAAACUAGCCGCAGCUCCUCCACUGUACAUAUAAACUAGCAACAAUACCCUGAGGUCUUCCAGUGCGCCAGCCUCAACUGUGAUCACUUAACAGCUUAAGUGAGGCGAUCGUCUCCCCUCCGCCCAGCACCCGCGGGUCGCCAGACUCCGGCAGCGGCCACACCUCCCUCACCAUGUCCACGUGUUGCCGGUGUUUGUGUUGCCGGGAAGAGAGCUCCGACGACUCCGACUUGGAGGAGGAGGUGCCCCUCCCUCCUGGCCUCCUGCCCGUGCAGAAUGAAUCCAAGGCCCAGGAAACCGUGCCCAUCCACACCCCCUCCGCCAGCAGGGAGUGUCUGCUGGAUCCGCCACUUAGGGAGCGACUUCUGCGCCAGCCUCAGCUCAGCGUCAGGAAGCAGCUCUUCUCCAUGACGGGCUACAACCUCUCCAUACACCCAGACAUGUCCGUCAAGGGCACCAGGGAGUUCUACAAUAUCUACGCCAUCCUGGAGGUCCGCGCCGUGGGGAAAGGGGAGGUGCAGGUGAGAGGGGUCGAUGCUGGGCUCUUCCUCGCCAUGAACCACAAGGGCAAAACCUACGGAGAGCCCAACGAGCUCAAGGAGAAUACAGUGUGGGUGGAGACGCUGUCAGGUGCCUUCUUCAACUACCUGAACAAGAAGUAUGCCCACUUGGGGUGGUACCUGGGCAUCAAGAAGAGUGGCAAGGGCAAGAAGGGCCACAAGACCGAGUAUGGCCAACGAGCUGUCCAGUUUCUCCCCAGACAUCCCUACCCGAUCGGCUAGACUGGUACAAGAUCCGUCAUUGUGUCAACAUGGAUGUCAAUCUUUAUCACAAUACCCGUAAAGGGCAUUUAUAUACAAUCUUUUAAAACUUGCUUCAUUUCUCUUCCAGUUAAAGGAGGGUGAGGUUGGAUCAGCUGUCCUACGUCAACAUUAACUUCGAUUCUCUGUGGAAACUUGAGAGAUGUUGUAAAAGGAAUACUGUAUGUAAAUUGUUCACAUCCUGAAUCAA